AUGUCUACCGACACAAAUGAACCAGUGCUUCCUCAAGGCGCAGGUUAUGGAGUUGUUGUUGGAAUUGGACUCUUUUUCAGUGCAUUUAUGCUUGUGCUCACUGCGGUCCAAGCGCGGUACACAGGUUUCUCGCCGAAGAGCUCUGAAGAAUUCAACAGCGCUUCACGCAGCGUAAAGCCGGGACUUAUUGCCUCAGGCAUCGUCUCGGCCUGGACAUGGGCAGCAACCUUGCUUCAAUCGAGCGCGGUAGCUUAUAAAUACGGCAUUUCCGGUCCAUGGUGGUAUGGUGCUGGAGCCACUGUUCAAGUACUCCUAUUCGCUCAACUGGCGGCAAAGCUCAAGAUGAAUGCUCCUCGUGCGCAUACAUGGCUCGAAAUUGUCGCAGCACGCUGGGGCACGUUCGCACAUUUGGUCUUCAUGUUCUUCGGGCUUGCGACCAACGUUAUUGUAUCUUCUAUGCUUAUUCUCGGCGGUUCCGCAACUGUGACGAGCUUGACAGGAAUGAACACAAUUGCGGCAUGCUUCCUGAUUCCUUUGGGAGUGUCCAUUUACGUCGUAGUUGGCGGUAUGCGCGCUACUCUUCUUUGCGAUUACACACACACCACUGUCCUCUUCAUCAUCAUCUUCAUUUUUAUCUUCACAGUGUACAGCACAUCUCCCAAAAUCGGCUCUAUCUCUGCCAUGCACGAUCUUCUUGCGAAGGCCUCCGCGGAGGCUCCAGUUUCGGGCAAUGCCCACGGGUCAUACUUGACCAUCCGGUCGAAAAACGGCCUGAUAUUUGGCGUCAUCAACGUCAUUGGCAACUUCGCAACUGUUUUCCAGGACCAGGCGUACUGGCAGCGUGCGAUUGCCAGUCGUCCCGCAUCAUGUGUGAAGGCCUACCUUCUCGGUGGACUUGCAUGGUUCGCCAUCCCCUUCAUGUUCUCCACCACUCUCGGCCUCUCUGCCGUCGCGUUGCGCGGCGAUCCUGCCAUGCGCACUCUCAGUCCGGCAGAUAUCUCCGCUGGUCUUCCUGCCCCUGCCGCUGCCGCUGCUCUGCUUGGCCAAGGUGGCGCCGCGACACUACUCGUCUUGCUCUUCCUUGCGGUUACUAGCGCAACAAGUGCGGAGCUGAUCGCUGUGAGCAGUAUCUUGACGUUUGAUGUGUACAAGAAAUACAUCAACUCUGACGCCACUGAGAGCCAAAUUCUUAGGGUAUCACACGCGAUGGUUGCCUGUUUCGCUAUCGUCAUGGGUCUUCUUGGUCUUAUUUUCUUCUACAUCGGCAUUUCUAUGGGCUGGCUCUACGAAUUCAUGGGAGUCGUUCUCGGUUCGGCAGUCGUGCCCAUCGCACUCUGCGUGUGCUGGAAGAAAGCAAAUAAGUGGGGCUGUAUCAUUGGUUCUCUCGCUGGCUUCUUCGCUGGUCUUAUCGCCUGGCUUGUCACGACAUCGAGUCUCAACGGCGGGUCUCUUACAGUAACGACAACCGGUGGCGACCUCGAGAUGCUCGCAGGUAACUUAGCCUCGAUUGGUGUUGGCGGUAUCAUCGCCAUGGUAUCAUCCAUCUUCUGGCCAGAAGACUUCAACUUUGACAUUACACGCGCAAUUAACCAGCCUGCUACGUUGGUUGAAAAGCCUAGCGGCAGCCCCAAAUCUGCGUCUGUCGACAUGGACGAGAAGGAGAAGCGCGACAGCCUCUCAGCGGAGGUCAUGUCUAUCCGACUACCCGAGGACAACGAACUCGAUCCAGCGAAGCUGCAGAAGGCAUUCAGGUUCGCUGCAUGGUCGUCGAUCAUUCUCCUUGUUGUGAUGCUCCUCAUUAUCCCGCUGCCGUUGUUCUUCGCUCAGACCGUCUUCGGCAAGCGAGGCCUGGCGGCCUGGGUCGUGAUUGGUAUAAUCUGGGCGUUUGCGUCUGCGUUAACGGUGAUCUUGUACCCGCUGUACGAGAGCAGGAGGGAGCUGGCGAUGAUAAUUAGGGGCCUGGUAAAGGAUGUCUUCGCACCCGGAAGUGGCAAGUAUGAAGAAGCAGGGUCAUCUAUUUCCAAUGCAUGA